AUGUCAAAUGUGUUAGACAGGUGUUCAAUGCAUCAAUAAGUGGGGAUUGCUGUAUAAUGCUUGGUAAAAGAUCAAUAUCACUACUCUAUUUUAUGUGAGAAUUGCUUAGCUGAACGAGUUAGCAAUAAUCAAAUAUAUUUAUUGAAGGAUGCCUAAUCAGUUUUUGAAGAAUUCAGAUUAUAGUGUUUAAGUGAAUUUGAACUAGAGUAGAAUGACAAAAUUAGUUUCUAUAGAAAUUUGCAAUUAAUUGUUUAGAAAUUGUAGAAUCAUUUUUUAGAAACAUUCGAUUAGAUUAACAAUUAAAUAAAUGAAAAAUUAGAAUUCAUAACCCAAAUUUUUAAUUAGGGAUAUUUAAGUGGAAAUUAAGAAAUCUAAAUCCUAAAUCCUACUAUAACAGAAUUUGGUGAAUAAUUAUUAGAGGAAAUAACUAAGUUUGAGAAUAUUAAGAAUAUAGGGUAGUAAAAUGCAAUUGAUUUUCAGAAUCAAAUAUAAUAUUAGAUAUUAAAACUGCAGUAAAGUCAGAUAUUAAAUGAGUGUCUUGAAUUAUUAAUCUCAGUGGAUGAAGGGAACUAAAUUAUAUUGAAAGAGCAAAAUGGAAAGAAUUUGGAAUAUUAAAAGAAAAGUGUUUAAAGAACUCCAAAGUUAGAUUUAAUGUGUAAAGAGCAUGAAAAAGAAAUAAUAAUAUUUGAUCUAAGUGAAUAGCAAUCAAGAGAGAAACGAGCUAGAUGUGUAGAAUGCGAUCCAUGCAUCUUUACUUCAUUGUCAAAGUGUCAGAAUAUAUGGAAAAACUAUGAAAGACAAUAGUCAGAAAUUUUAGAGUAGUUUUAUUUAUCGAGAAAAUCAUAAAUUGGUAGUAUUAAGCAAUAGCUGCUUUAAUUAAGGAGUUGCUUUACCUAAAAAAUCAACGAAAUUAUUUAAUAAUUGAAUGGAAUAAUGGCUUAGAGUGAAUAGGAAGUGUUCACAAGAAUAAACAGCAUGAAUAAAGAUUGGAAUACCAUGACUAUGGAUGAGGUCUUGGAUAUAGCGGAGACAUUAAGCAAGCAAGAGAUGAUGACGAUAUUAGUGAAAGAAAUGGAAAUCAAAUAUAAAAUGAAAAACUUAGAUAUUGAUAGCAUUUUCUAAAAUAGUAUUGAAGGGUUAUAAGAAAUUUAUAAUCAAAUUACCUUAUUAAAAUUAUGCUUGAUUCAAGAAGAGCCUGAGGUUAGGAAUGAUGGAUCACCUUAAAAAAAUGAUUGUCGGAAAUAAAGUUCUAAUAGUGCAUAAAGCGAAAAUCAUUCAGUAGAAUUAAGCAUAUCAAAUUCAGAUUAAAAGAUUAAGUAAAUUCAGAAUAAAAUCAAAUCAUUGGAAGAAUGGAGAAUUCAAUAACUAAAAUGGUCUGAUAAAUUUAUCGAUUAUUAAUUAUUUUAUACAAAAAAAUAGGCUGAAUGGUGUAAUGCUAUUGCAUUUAAUAAAGAAGGAAAUAUUAUGAUAGCAGGAUGUAUAUUUUCAAUUAAAGUGUUUGAUUUUUAAAAAGGAAGGAUUGUUUAAACAUAUCAAGCUAAAUAACAUUAAGGUGAUGUGAAUUGUUUAUUAUUUAGUAAAAUUCUUAAUUAAUUUAUCUCUGGGAGUGAUGACAGAACUAUCAGAAUUUGGUCUUAAAGUGAGAAGAAUGAAUGGAAAUGUAUUUAAGUUUUGUAAGGACAUCAAGAUUGGGUAUUGUGCUUAAUCUUAACAGAGGAUGAAUAAAUACUCUUUUCUGGCAGUAGAGAUAAAACUAUUAAGAAAUGGACUAAAAAUCAAGAUAAUUAAACAUAUCAAUGCACCCAAACAUUAGAUCUCCAUACUGAUGCUGUGCUUGGGUUAUCUUUAAAUAAAUCUGAAUCAUUUUUGGUAUCGUCAAGUUACGAUAAAUCUAUAAUAGUUUGGUAUAUAAAAGAAACAUUUUUAGUUGAAAAAAAACAAAUAAUAUAAAAAGACUCUUAUGGUAAUAGAAUACUUUUUAUUAAUGAAACAUAAUUUUUUUGGCAACCAAAUAACAAUCAAAUUGUACAUGUCUAUAAAUACAAUGAUCAAUCAUCAUCUUUUGAGUCUUCUAAACAUAAUAUUCAGUAAUUCUAAGCAGAUGAUGAUUAUUAAUAUUUUCCUUCUAAAUUCUUAAAAGCAAAAGGAUUAUUUGCUAAUAUUCACAAUAGGUUUAUAUAUAUUACCAAAUAAAUAAAUGAGGAAGAGUUUGAAGUAGUCUAAAUAAUAGAAUUCGAUGAUUAUCGGAAAUUUGGAGCAUUCACAGAAAAUGGAGAAUAUUUAGUCACAUGGCAUUAUACAGCUUGCGAAUUUUAAAUUAGAAAGAACGUUGGAAGUUCAAGAAUAUAAUGGUGA